CGAUGAUAUCCAUGGUCCAACUCAUAGCCAUGGACACACCUCCUGCUGGGCCAUCGGAUGCUCAGCUGAACGAGCCAGUCACUGGUGCUCAGCUUGCUCCCUUAGGCCCGACCCUCCCUUUGGCUCGCCAUUUUACGGUCCCAUCCACUCCGCGCUCCACCUCCCAACUAGAAUAUACCGUCAACCGUGGAGAUGUUCUGGCUGCUGGAAGCAAGAUCGUUAAAAAAUUGGAGAAGCGUGAAUCUGAAGAAAAUGUGCUUAAGGAUGAGGUGGCAGCUUGGCUGGACGAGCACAAGGUUCGAGUGCUCCCAGGUGAAAUCAAGGAUAGGGUCGAACUAUGGGGCCGGCGCUUCACACCCCCUCACCCUGUGGUUAGUUGGAUCACAAAGGCCUCCGCCGACCUGAUGGAGUAUUCUUACACUACAACCGACCUACUUCCACAUGAGCCAUUGGGGACGCUGGAGAAGGUGAUUAACCCGCUCCACGACUUGGUGGAACAUGCGAAGACGCUCGAGCCUGCUACACGAAGACGGUUCGAGGCGAUGGCUCGGAAUUUGGUCGAUCUCACGGACUUGUACACCAAGCAACACGAGUGGUCCCAGGGCAAAAUGAAAGAAUUAACCGAAGUACUUUCUAAAGCCCUCCACGACUUCAAG